GUAAGGACGAUUCAUACAUCCGAGGAUUAUCGCGACAUCGCAACUGCCGUGCAUCGUACCUGAAUGGACCCUUGUCUUGGCUUAUGCUCCAUGACAUGGAACAUGUCUAUAGCCCCACACCAGUGCUCAUCGAUAUGUACAUCGCGCGCGUAUUCAUUCCGCGUUCUCUUUUGUUUCCUCUGCUUGCAUCCCUAGACACUAUUACAUAGCUCACGCGCGAUUCCUAUCAUCAGCUUCUUGCCACCUAAGUAGCAUUCAUCGUCAUCAUCAUUAUUAUCAUUGUGAUCUGCGCGCACAGUAGCAUCUGUCAGACCGCAACUAUGACUUCCAAACUCGAAUCCCUGCCCAACGAGCUCCUCGAUCUGAUGUUCCAUCUUACCCCAGACCGGACCACUCUGCACUCCCUCUGCCUCGUCUCGCGCUCCAUAAACCGCCUCGCAACCGCUCACCUUUACACACACAUUACCCUCCUCGGCGACGACUUCAAGUACUUACGUCCCCUGGCCCUCUUAUUCUGGACCUCACCUCCCCACCGCGAAGCCGUCCGUUCCUUCGCUGUGCAUCACGCUUAUGGAGGGAAUCUGGAUCCGUGGCCUAAGCACGUGAGACAGGAGGAGUUGAAGGAAGGGGAGCUGGAGGGAAUUAUCAGGUGGAACGUUGAAACCUAUGUGAACAAGGGAGAUUGGGAGAGGUGGUAUGAAGAGGUGAGGGAUGGGAGUGAUAGUACGCGGAUUGCGAGUUUGUUGCUAAGGAGUUGUCCGAGGUUGGUCAGGAUGCAGUUACCGGGAUUUGAACUUGUGGAUCCGGGCGCGAGGUGAGGGAGAUUUGGAUCGAUGCUUUGAACCGUCUAGCUUGCAGCAAUCGCUCUCUGCAGCGCAGUGUAGGCGUCUCGCUCAGGAACGGAAAUGAACGACUAAG